CUUUGGCUGCAGUGGAUGUCUUCAAUUUCCCAGAACCCAGAACGCCUCUCGCUCUUCCUUUAUAAUUCACUGCGAUGUCGUCAGCCGUAGUCCCUGGAUCUGGCACUAUGAAUCAGUCUCUAUCAAGAUCAUGCAGGAUUCCGGCAAACCCUCCGCACUCGCCUGUGUACCCUGUCGGCGCCGCCAUCUGAAAUGCGAUGCCCGCAUGCCCAUCUGCACUCGGUGCCAGAACAAUAAUCAUGAUUGUCGAUAUGUCCGAUCACGUCGUGGGCUGCGGAGUAACAAGACGGGCCCUGGACCGACAGCGGAAGAGGAGGCCGAUGCUCUGUUCUCGUCGAAUAUCAUGAACUGGCUGGAUGCCUCAUUUUUAGAUCCAGAUUCCCUCCUCGACAUCCCUGACCUGAGUCUUGAUAUUUUCCAUCAAGAUCCAGCGCCAACAUCGCCAACGCCCGUGCAUAUUCCUCAUGCCGAGGAUAUCACCCAUGAUGCUAUGAUUCAGCUCUACUACCAUCACUUCCAUAGAUCGCAUCCUAUACUACUACCGAGACGGGCGCUGGCAUCGUCCGUUGCACAGCAUAUACCAGAUUAUAUUCCGGACAUCAUGCGCUACAUCGGCAGUCACUAUACUUCUGCUCCAACGCUCAAGGACAGCUUUUACCAGUCCGCUUACACCGUUCUCACCGCGCCGAAAGAUGGCUUUCAAGCCCAAGGUCUCCUCCUACUCAGCAUCCUGGAGCAUUCGCAUGGUCGCGAAGAGGCCGCACGACGACUUCUCCGGGAGGCCGUCCAGGUUGCAUACGGCAUCGGCAUGCAGACCCAGGCGUUUGCCUCGGAGAACUCCCACGGCUACCCCGUGCUGGAGGAAAGCUGGCGACGAACCUGGUGGGAGCUCUACGUCACGGAGGGACUCAUGGCCGCCAUGGGCUCCGGGCAAUGCGGGGUGCUCUCUUCAGGCUGGGAGGACUCCGAUGUGUGGCUCCCUUUACCAGAGGAGACUUACAACAUAAUUGCAGGAGGGGGUAGUGGUAACGAAACGAAAUCCGAACCCUUGACCCUGUCCUCCCUCUCUGACUGGCCAUCUGACCUCACCUCUCCCGUCUCCCGCAUCCACGCAGUACAAUUUCUUCGAGCUGUGCUCGAGCUCAACCAAUCCCUUGACCCUGCAACCGAGACGCAAACCGAGACGCUGGACGCACGGCUCGUCUCCCUACUCAUGCGCUUACCCUUAACCCCCUCAAUAACCGACGCAUCCACUAUCGACGAGAUGGCCUUCCAGGCCUUAAUGAUCACUUACCUGAGUCUAAUCCACCUCCACCACCCCCAUUCGACAAUCCGCUUCGCCUCCUACCAACGCGCAAACGCGCAAACCACGAACGCGGCAAAUAACCCCGCCUCCUCAUCCUCCUGCACAAGACUCCGCGUCCUCAGCCCAUCAUCAUCAUCAUCACCAGCAUCCGCAUCCGCAUCCGCACCAUCAACAUCGAACCCCACGAACCCCAUCCCCGCCCCCCACCUCCCGCUCAACAUCCACGCCCAGAAGAUGCUCCGAGCCGCCGACCUGAUAUCGAAUCUAGCCACCCUUCCCAGCUCCGUACAGUCCCGCACCCCCUUCUUCACCUGCGCCCUGGCGCUCGCCAUCGUCGUGCACACAGCGACCUUCAUGAUGUGCGUGCCCUCGCCCUCAUCGUCCUCUGCUUCUUCCCCUGCUGCUCCUGCAUCUUCCACCAAGGGAGCCAAAGAAGAUGCCCUAAAAGCGCGCAUCGAGCUCGGAGUCGGGGCCCUGCAGGUGCUAGGCCGGGUGUGGCCGCUAGCGAAACAGGUGAGAGGGGAGAUGAUCGAGCUGUAUCGCGGGAGGUGAUUUUCGCCGAUCCGCCGAUUAACCAUAAUUACCCGUCGCAACCUUGACGAGCAAAAGACAAGGACAGUAGAGAAUCAAAUGAAGUGGCAACGGUCGCUUUUCCUUUCAUCAUCC